AGUACGCUGCCAAUCAUAGUCGGGUGGUUGUAGUUUUUGUUAUUACGUGAAUACAAAGGCUAAAGAGGUAGGAAAUGUGAUCUAUUUUACAGAGGAAUGGCAACGGUAACUUUUUGCCUUUAACUGUGAAAAGCGGAAAUUCCUGUCGUAAGGCAGAACACGUCGGAUGGACUCGUGAAAAUCUGGACAAAAUGUCGCUACUGCCGACAACGGUACGUUCAACGAAUAGAUGAAGAUGGAGGAACAAGAAGACCUAAGGGAGCAGUUAUUUCACAAUACUGUACGAGAAAACAUUAUAUUUUUCCUGCUCUUCUUGAUUCUGUAUGUUUCAAGUUACGCUUUGAUUGCGAAGUUUCGAAGAAGAGAUCGCGAAGAUUAUUUUUCUGUAGAUGAAGAUGAAGCAACCGUCUACAAGAUCAGUUUGUGGUUAUGUACUGUUGCUCUGACGGUUUCCGUUGGAGCAACUUUGCUUCUUCCAGCUUCAAUCGCUAGCAAUGAAGUGCUGAUUUUAUAUCCGAACAGUUAUUAUGUUAAGUGGCUCAAUAGUUCAUUGAUCCAAGGUUUGUGGAAUCAUGUGUUUCUCUUUUCAAAUUUAUCUCUCUUUGUAUUUCUACCAUUCGCAUAUUUAUUUACGGAGUCAGAGGGAUUCGUCGGCUAUAGAAAGGGUGUAAUGGCCAGAGUUUAUGAAACUGUAACGGUUCUUUGCCUAUUAGGGACACUUGUAUUAGGAAUAAUUUGCUCAGUAAGUAUAUUAACCCCUUCCCUACGAAUGCAUUUUUCAUCUCUCUUAAAUUUAUGGAGUUACUAUUUACCUUUUCUUUAUUCUUGUGUUUCUUUUGUUGGAGUUGUUAUGUUAUUGCUAUGUACACCAAUGGGGUUUGUACAGUUAUUUGGAGUAGUUGGUUCAUUUCUUGUAAAACCGCAGUUCCUAAAGAAUUUAGAUGAAGAAUUUUUCGCAUACAGACUGGAGGAAGAUUGUAUUCGUAGAAGACUGCAACAUGCAAAAGCAACGGGAAAAUCAUACGUUUCACCAGUGCCUAUGUCAAUACCAACUUGUGGUUCAGUGCUUGAAGAUGACGAGUUUCUUAACGUAAAUCCGAGCUUGAUGUGCUUAAGAAACGGUGCUCUCCAGCGUGGAUUAGCUCAACGUUUGGAAGACAUUCAGAAACGGAGAAAUAUUUUAGAUCAGCAAAGACGAACCUGGUGGGUUCGUCGAACUUUGCUCUAUCCUUUAGCCAUGCUAGCGUUACUUAUACUUUCCACUACCACAGCCUUGUUAGCAGUUCAAAAUACCUUAGAGCUACUUAUCGGUAUUAAAGCAUUGCCUUUAAGUACACGGCAAUUUACCCUGGGUAUCAGCUCAUUGUCAAAGCUAGGUCCCAUUGGAGCAACAAUCGAAGUGACAGUAAUUUUAUACCUCGCUGCCACGAGCGCAAUAGGUUUGUAUACCCUUCCUGGUGUCAAGAGUGUUCGGCCACGACUUCAUUCCACACCACUUACUCAUCUUAUCGCAAAUUGCGCUCUACUUCUUGUACUAAGCUCAGCAUUGCCACUGUUAUCUCGAAUAUUAGGUAUGACGAACUUCGAUUUACUCGGCGAUUUUGGGCGUAUUGAAUGGCUUGGUAACUUUAAAUUAGUACUAUUCUAUAACUUAAUCUUUGCUACAGCAGCAAUUGGUUGUCUAGUAACAAAGUUUACGGCCACUGUCUGUAAAGAAAUUUACGCCAGGUUAAGGAGCAGUCUGGUAGGAAUUUUUAGAAGCGAAAAUAAGAAAAGUUCUUUAGGAAUGUUUUCUAUGAAAGAAGAUUAGACUGACUUACAUUGUAAGCAGAAGAAAAAUAUAGAAAUUUUGUGUUAAUUUUAA